CAUAGCUCAGCUCCAUACCUCUCUCAUAAAUUGAUGAGCAUCUUUCUUCACCACCGCUGGGAUAUUAGUAUUAUUCGCUGGACAUUCAUAUUUUUUUUCUUCUUAUUGCUGGCAUACAAGUUCAGGAACACACGCUGUUAUUGGAAAAACAUCGUUGGCCUUGACUUUUGAUAGAGACUCUAUAACAGUUGCAAGGCUACGAAAAUGUUUUUAUUUAUUCAUGCCGUCUUUCAUUCGGCAUGAAUGAUUUUAUGCUCCGGUUCUCUCCUGGAUUUCAAUGUGUUUUAUGUAGAACGCUUCAAACGGGCUCAUAUUGUGGACUUAUAUCUAUGGAAUAUUCAUUUAGCGUUUCUGACAUACCUGCAUUUGUGAGGAGAUUAUAACAAGAGUAAACUUGGUGCUUACGUCACCGGCAUCAUCAUUAGAGAAUUGCAACUAAUUUAGUUUGCUUUUUAGAAUCUUGACGAAAAAAUCGCAUUGCUUUUUUCAUCUCAAAGAUCAUAAAGAUGCAUAGCCGAGACGUUAAAAUUGGUGGCUAGCUUCAGAUCAAAACUUUUAUUCAGACAGCCUCUUUUGCAUCGUUUCUUCAAAUAUUGGACACCGGGUACUUUUGAAAGACAUCCAGACACAAGCGCAUUUAGCAGACGAAAUUCUGCCAUCACUGUGUAUGCCAAACAUUUUAAAUAUUACCUCAAUAGAUUGGCGUCAUUGAAGACCAAUUUGGAAUCCGAUAAACUUGCCCGAUAGUAGUUAUCUUUAGUCAAGUUCGGUUAGAUCAAAGAGGAACCAAAUUUCGUCUGGUUUGUGGAGGGAACAGGUUUUGUUUCAAAAUGGAAUUAUCACUUAUUCUACGGACAUUGUGUAAUAUUUGUUGCAUCGCCCUUGUGGCUGCGAGGGGAACUAAGGUCUAUGUGCCAUUGGACAGAAAGACAGGACAAGGUUCAAGUGGAACAGUUCAACUUGUACAAAGGGGUACUUUAUCAAGAACUCCUACAAACGUUCCUGGGUCUAGGACGCAUUAUUUCCCAUCGGGACAAGCACCUAUUGUUGGACAACAAAGGCCAAGUAGGGUCGUACCGAGGCCUGUGGUUCAAAGACCUGUGGUUCAAAGACCUGUGGUUCAAAGACCUGUAGUGCAAAGACCAUAUGUCACGACGCAUAGGAUGCCAAUCGUUCAACAGGGUCCAGUCAGGACCCGGCCGAGUGCACAUAUUCCAAGUAGGACCCAGUCAAGAACUCCCGUCAGGACAUCACCGCUCGGUAGAUUUCCCUCAAGGACACAAGGGAACGCGCGACCGACGAUUCCUCGAAGGACACCAGUCCGGACACCAGUCAGAACCCCACCAAGGACACCUUCCAGGACUCCUGUCCGGACACCUGUCAGGACACCCUAUGUCUCUGGGACGCAGUUGUAUAGCCAGUCUAGGAUCCACAGCACGCAGCAAGUCUUGACCUCGAGGCAGCUCCAUGUUCAACACGGAGCCCUUCCGAAAACCCGCACCAACGGAGUUUGUAGGUACCAUGGAUACUACCCCAUUGCCUGUUGCACCGGCUGGAAAAGGAUAGUGAACCCCCUUAAACCUUGGACCUAUUCCUGCCAACCACUCUGUAAGAAAACAUGUAAGCAUGGAAAAUGUGUAUCUCCUGGUAAAUGCGAAUGCGAUACUGGAUACAGAGGAGAGUUCUGCGAUAAAGGUUUAUUGUGGUUGAAGGAUCGCUUCUCGUGGUUAUGGAUCUUCAUUGGUAUCGUCAUAGAACAAGAAUGCGAAUAUUAUUCCUCGGCUUAA